CAGCCGGAGUGUAAGCGUUGGCGAUUGUUGUUACUCGUGUUGGUCAGUGUUGGUCAUUUCUGGUGUUCAGUUUGUUGCCGAACGUUAAGCUGUAAAAAUCAUAAGAUUUGAAAACUGAGCGCAAGCUUUAAAGCGUUUAGAAUAGAAUAAAAUACUGAGAAGGUCGCACGUAUGCGCUUAUGUAAUAUAGAGAGCAUUGAAAAGUGAAAGUGUUUGAGAGUGUAUGUAAUUCUUCAAAGACGAGAAAUCUACAAAUAGCGAAGGAAAUGAAUUCUAAAUUUCCGUUAUUUUUAUGCACAUUUAUAGUGUUUUGUUGUUUUUGUAAUAAUGUAACUGGCAAUAGUGAUGAAUAUUUCUCGUCUGUGGCGGGUUUGGAGAAACUGCUAAUGGUGGAAUAUGUGGUGUUGGAUGAGUUACAGAAUUAUAUUGAUUCAGUGCAAAAGCACAUUGAUUCCUUGCAAAGUGAGGUGGACGCAAUUCGUUCGGAUCACCAAGCCGCCGCUGACGACGUCGAUGGCUACCUAAGUAAUCCCGUAAAUGCGUAUCGUCUCAUUAAGCGUCUGCAGAGUGAUUGGAAUACAUUUGAAGAUGUUAUACGUGCGGAUACCAGUCGUUCGGACUUCCUGAGUAGCAUGGAAACAAAUCGACAGUUAUUUGACUUUCCCACCAAAGAGGAUGUUAUCGGUUCAGCGGUGGCUUUAGUCCGACUACAGGACACUUACAAACUGGAUGUUGCCGAACUGGCGAGUGGUAUAUUGAAUGGCAUUAAAUAUGGUCCUUCAAUGUCCUGGCAAGAUUGCUUUUUACUCGGACAUCAUCUGUAUGAAAUACAAGAUUUUAACCAUACUGUGCCGUGGCUCAAACAAUCCAUGCAAAUGCUCAAGAGUCAGGACUAUACCAAAGAUAAGGUGACACUGGAUUUCAUGGAAACGGUGGUAGCCUAUCAUCGUGAAAUGGGUGACUUUGAGACCGCCUUGGAAUUGACAAAUUACAUUUUGACGUUUGAUGCGACUCGCGAGCAAAUGAGCGAUACCAAGUACUACUUGGAGCGCAUGCUGAGCGAUGGCAUUAAGACCGGAUUGAUGCAUGAAAUGAUACCACAGGCUGGUGACUAUCACCUCAGCAAUGAUUUCAAGCGCUAUGAGCAAGUGUGUCGCGGCGAAUUACAGCUUACUGCGGGCGAAGAGCGUCCACUGCGCUGUCACUAUGAUAGUAAUAAUGUGCCUUAUCGCCUCUUACAACCGUACAAAGUGGAGGAACUCUAUCUGGAUCCGAGGGUUGUGCAAAUACAUGAUGUGCUCUCCGCUAACGACACAGCUGCCGUUAAGCAGUUGGCCAAAACGCGCAUGUCUCGUUCGCAGGUGCGUAAUUUGGAUGGUAGCGCUGCCUCGUCGGCUAAUUAUCGCAUCAGCAAGAGCGCCUGGUUUGCAUAUGAAGACAGUGCGCAAAUGCAGAAUAUGCUGCGACACAUGGGCGAUCUGUCGGGGUUGGAUAUGGACUAUACCGAACACUUGCAGGUGGCCAACUACGGGCUCGGUGGGCAUUAUGAACCACAUUUCGACUUUUUUACAGAUAACUGUACUUACAACUUGUCGGAAGGAAAUCGUAUUGCCACUGGUAUAUUUUAUCUCUCGGACGUGGAGGAAGGUGGCGGCACAGCUUUUCCCUACCUUCGCUUGGUCGUUAAGCCGCAGCUUGGAAGCGUGCUGCUCUGGUAUAAUUUACAUCGUUCCGAGGAACCAGAUUAUCGCACGCGCCAUGCUGCUUGUCCGGUAUUGAAGGGCUCUAAGUGGAUUGGUAACAUUUGGGUACGCGUGCGCAAUCAGGAUCGUGCGCGACCAUGUGGACUCUUACCUGAUCACGAAGUGUCGCUUAUAUACAAACAUUUGGUUUAAGUUUUUUAUUUAUGUAAUUACAUAUAGAAGAAGCAAGUAUUUUUGUUGUGUUAUAUGUUUUCUAAAACGAAUUUAUGUAAAAUAUAAAUGUUAUCUCAAGUAUUGUGAUUUCUAGGCUUAAAUAAAGAUUUUUUGUAACUAAAAAUUGGCGGAAGCCUUUAAGAAAUUUGAGGUAAAUUUUAGAAAACAUUUCAAGUUAACUAAUAUUAACUGAUACCAAUUGCAAUCUACAUACUAAGUGUUUAUUAAGAUUUCUCACUUUUGGUCUGCGGUAUCCAGUUAAUAGUUGACGAGGCGCUAUUUCUCCAAAAGGGAAAAUUUGAAUUGAUGUCAUUACUACGAGUAUAUUGUACCAAAUAAUAUAACUCUAAGUUUAAUAGAUAUUCUGGCGUUAAAAUAAAAAAUAAAUCUAUUUUUCGAUGUUUUUAUAUAUUUUUUUAAGUUUAACUAUUUAAGAAUAUGACUUUUUAACAUUUUCGAGAGUCUCUUUGGAGACGUCCCUAUCACUGCAACUAUCCUCAUCCCCA